AUGUCUAGCCAACACAAGGGUCUUAUUGAGGCAGUUAAGGCGGUGAUUCCUUGUGCUGAGCAUAGACAAUGUGUCAGGAACAUUAUUGCAAACUUUAAGAAAAUGUUUGCAGGGGCUAUGCUUGAGAACCUUUUUGGAAGGCUUGAUCCAAAGACUUGGUCAAGGGCAUUUGAUGAAGUCGGCAAGGCUUAUGUUGCAGUGGAGAAUAGUCUAUCAGAGAGCUUUAAUGUAGUAGUUGUGGAAGCCAGAAGGAAACCUAUUAUCACUUUUCUGGAGGAGAUAAGGGAAAAUUACAAUAAAACAUACCUUAAUAAUAUGUUGCCUAUGAAUGAUAGUAACAUAUGGCCAGAUACAUCAUUUACCCCACCAUUACCUCCCCAAAGAAGAAGGAUGCAUGGAAGACAUAUUGUUAAAAGGAAGAGAGAUGUCUCAGAGAGGAUGGGGAAGCACAACGUAUCAAAGAAGGGAAGAGUGAAUGGAGGUGUAGGUGGUGAAGGUGGUGGGCUGCAUGGAGGUGUAGGAGGUGAAGGUGGUGGAGUGCAUGAUGUUCCAAUGUCAGGUGGCGGAGUUAACUCAAGGGGUGUGUGUGGUGCUGUUAGAACAAGAAAGCCUUCUGAAAGACUUUUGAAGACCAAACUUGCAAAAGCAGUGUAUGGAAAGAAUGGUGAAGGUAGCUCAACAAAAAAUCCAAUGGAUAUAGAUUAG